UAACUCUCUCCUCCGCCUUCUUCCCUCUGUCCAGUUUCCACCAAAAACAAAAAGAAAAACAUUAAGAUUUUUGAAAAGCUGCAAAAGAUCAAACCUUUUUAGGUGGUUCAUACGCACUCGAGAGCAUCAUCGGGUGCAAAUGUCUCUAUCCCUGAAAAUCUCCCACAUUUCAAACCUCUCCAGCGAUGUGUUCAACUCUGUAGAGCCGCGAAUUCAAUGCAGAGCCGGUCAAGCGUCGGUGGUUUGUUUCCGCCGCAGCCCUGCUUUUUCAUCCACACGGAUCCAUUGGAGCUCGGAGCUGUCUUCCCGGAGUUUGAGAGCUCGAUGCGUUGGAUCGGAUGUGGUGGUCACGAGGGAAAUCUCAGGCAGAUCGAAAGAUGAGAGCUUUAGGGAGUUGGAGCCGGAACUCGAUGGCGGAGACGGCGGCGGAGAUGACGGUGGGAUUAACGGAGGAAACGGGGAUGGUGGUGAUGGAGGCGGAGGUGGAGGAGAGGGAGGUGAUGAUGGAGAGGAGGAUGAAGCUGAUAAAGCUGAGGAGAAGGAGUUUGGUCCGAUUUUAAAGUUCGAUGAAGUUAUGAAAGAGACGGAGCGUAGAGGGAUUACACUACCGGAGGAUAUGUUGGAUGCUGCGAAGUCUGUCGGGAUUCGGAAACUGUUUCUUCUCCGUUAUCUCGAUCUCCAGGGAUCUGUUUGGCCUCUUGGGUUUCUGAUGAGGACAUGCACGAUGCUUCGAAACAGAAUGCUUGCAGAUCCUUCGUUUCUCUUCAAAGUUGGAACCGAGAUAGCCAUAGACUCUUGCUGUGCAACGUUUGCGGAAGUGCAGAAGAGAGGGGAAGAUUUCUGGUCAGAGUUUGAGUUGUAUGCCGCUGAUCUUCUGGUAGGUCUUGUUGUUGAUGUUGCUUUGGUUGGACUUUUGGCUCCCUAUGCACGUAUCGGCAAGACAUCUGUGCCAUCAUCAACUGGUUUAUUUAGCGGCCUGAAGCGAUCUUGUGCAGCUCUUCCUAGCAGUGUUUUUGAAGCAGAAAGACCGGGUUGUAAAUUUUCGGUUAACCAGCGGAUUGCAACUUUCUUCUACAAGGGUGUCUUGUAUGGGUCGGUUGGAUUCGGCUGCGGUCUCAUUGGUCAGGGAAUUGCAAAUCUGAUCAUGACGGCAAAACGGAGUAUAAAGAAAUCAGAAGAAGACGUCCCUGUUCCACCUCUAUUUGAAAGUGCUGCUCUCUGGGGUGUGUUCCUGGGAUUAUCUUCCAACGCACGUUACCAAAUCAUCAACGGGCUGGAACGGGUCGUGGAAGGUUCUACAGCAGCCAAACGCAUCCCUGUGGUUGCCAUGGCCUUUACUGUUGGAGUCCGGUUUGCUAACAAUGUAUAUGGCGGUAUGCAGUUUGUGGAUUGGGCUAAGUUAUCCGGCGUCCAGUAGUCUAACCGGCUCGGUUUUGUUUAGUCUGAUGGAGGAGCUAUUGGUUAUCGAAUGUCGUUAGUGAUGUAUUAGUUUAUUUACCGAGUCUUAGAAAGAAUCCGGUUCAUGAUCUAGACCGAAUUCUAACCGGUUUGCUCGAACGGACCAAUACAACACUUUCGAUUUGGCUUUUUGAAGUUGGAUUGCAAUAAUGAAAAUCUUUCAUAUCACUGAAUAAUAAAAAUAAAAUGUUUCCAUUAUUA